UUUUGGCGUUCUCUGGCAGAAUCUGCUACUCCUAUCUGACACGCUCUUUCUCUUGGUCUCAGGUCUCCACAUUUCAAUCCUUUCAGCUCUGUUUCAUCUUAGUAUUCUUUUUUCUCAAUUCUCUCUCUACAAUCAAUCACUAUUUCUUUACAAUAAAUAUACAAAAUCAUAUUCUUUCAUCACUGUAUCCCUGUUCUUGUUCUGCCAUUUUUCUGCACAGUUCUUUCUAACCGCCAUGUCUAUAGCAAACCAAACAAGAAACACAAAUCCCAAAAACCAAAAGAAACAAAAACCCAUCUCAGAAACUGACCCUAUGUAUUCUAUUAAUCCAUCAACUCGCUCCUCAAAAUCCACCAUUUCUUCUCUCCUUCACACACCCUUUUCACCCACCAGUCCAACAGCACAAAUCUUCAGUAAAAAGAAGAAGAUGAAGAAGUUUACAUCAUUUAAGGGAUUGAGUUGCAAGGCAGCUACAUCACAACACGUUUCGCUGCCUUCUGCUAUUAUUAGGACUUCAGCUGACUGGGAAUCCUCUAACAAAGUCAAAAAGAAGAAGAAAAAUAAGACCCUUAAUUUUGUUGGUAGAGAUUCUUCCAUUGUUGAUAAUAACCUCUCCUCGUCAUAUUUGACUGCUCCUACUGAUGUUUGGUGUGGUCCUGGAAUUGGAUUAACUACUGAUGCUGCUUCUGUUGAUUUUCUCGUUUCAACAAGGCGCCCCCUUUCUGCUAGAGGCAGAGGUGAUAUUGAGAAGAGUACUCCCAGGGAGCGAUUUUCAUCUUCUGUGCGAAGAAUGUUGAGCCCAGAAGAUGAUCCUUUCCUUGAUACUGAAACUCUGGAAAUGCAAAGCUCCCGAGCAAAUUGGUUUGGAUUUAGGCAUCAUCGUCAUUCCCACUAUGGUUUUCCUGAAGGGCUUGCAGAGAUUGUGAUGCUUCAGAAUAGUCUUAUGGGAGGAAGAACAAAUGGUCUUGAUCGAUACCGGAGCUGGAGACUUGAUGUGGAUAACAUGUCAUAUGAGGAAUUGCUGGAACUCGGUGAUAGAAUUGGAUAUGUGAGCACAGGAUUGAGAGAAGAUGAGAUAACUCGAUGUGUCAGAAGAACUAAGCCCUUGUUUUUGAACAAUUUAUCUCAUCUGCGCACAGAAAUGGAAAAAAAAUGUAGCAUCUGUCAGGAAGAAUACGAGGCUGAAGAUGAGAUGGGGAAGCUGGGUUGUGGACACUUCUAUCAUAUUCCUUGCAUAAAACAGUGGCUUAUGCACAAAAAUAGUUGUCCUGUUUGUAAAUCUGCAGCCAUACCUGAUAGCUAGUUUUCCAAGAAUUUUUCACCCUCAUAAACCUGUUGUUUUUGUUUUCCUUUUGUAUAGCUUUUAUGCAUGCGAGAAAUUCCAUUUAUGUGGUUCUUUCCCAAGUGUUUCCUGAAGAUAGUGGCUCUUUUGUUUGGACAGCAGUCAUGGGACAGCUUGAAACAAGUAGGACACAAUCUUCUGGUUGUCUUUUAAUUAUAAUGCUUCAAUCAUACAAAAACCAACCAGAUAUGAAUUCUUA